AUGGCUCCUCGUCAGUCAUUGCUUCGACCUCUGGCCCGUGCAGUCCGCACGAUUGGGCAGCGUCAGCUACACGUGAGCCGCUUGGCGAUGGACCAGGCGAAGGUCCGCCAGGUCAUCGCUGAUGCCUUGAGCGUGAGUGCGAGCAUGCAGCCGAUCCCUGCUGUGCCUGCAGAUUACCAUGCGCACGCAGAUGCAGACCUCAAAAUGCUAGAGGGCCUGGGGAUCCACACGAAAGUGGUGCAGCACAACGCCAGGCCAGGAACCCUCUAUGACGAGGCCCUUCGCUAUGAGAAGGGCUCUGCGAUUCUCUCGACGGGGGCCUUGGCAGCUUUCAGCGGUGCGAAGACGGGGAGAUCGCCGCUGGACAAGCGUGUGGUAGAAGAGCCGAGCACCAAGGAUGAUGUUUGGUGGGGGGCCGUCAACAUCCCAGUGUCGGAGUCCACCUUCAAGAUCAACCGUGAGCGUGCCAUCGAUUACCUGAACACCCGGGAGAGGCUUUACGUCAUGGACGGCUUCGCUGGCUGGGACCCGAAGUACCGGUACAAGGUUCGAGUGAUUACCAGCCGUGCCUACCAUGCGCUGUUCAUGCACAACAUGCUCAUCCGGCCGACAGCCGAAGAGCUUGCGAACUUCGGAGAGCCGGACUACACAAUUUACAAUGCCGGGGCGUUCCCGUGCAACCGAGCGACGGAGGGCAUGACCUCGGGAACCUCCGUCUCGCUCAACUUCGCGAGCAGGGAGGUGGUGAUCCUCGGCACGCAGUAUGCCGGCGAGAUGAAGAAGGGCGUCUUCACCAUCAUGAACUACCUCUUGCCAAAGCAGGGUAUCCUCAGCAUGCAUGCCAGCGCCAAUGCCGGCAAGGACAAGGGCGACGUGACGGUCUUCUUCGGCCUCAGUGGCACUGGAAAGACCACGCUUUCCGCUGACGAGCACCGGCUGCUUAUUGGCGACGAUGAACAUGCGUGGACGGAUCAAGGCAUCUUCAACAUCGAGGGAGGCUGCUAUGCAAAGGCCAUUGGCUUGACCCGGGAGAAGGAGCCGGAGAUUUGGGAUGCCAUUCGUUUCGGGGCUUUGCUUGAAAAUGUCGUCUUCGACCAGCGCACCGGCCGUGUAGACUACGACGAUGUCAGCAUCACCGAGAAUACCAGGGUGUCCUAUCCGCUUGAAUACAUCCCGAAUGUGAAGAUCCCGGCCGUCGCGGGGCACCCGAAGAACAUCAUCAUGUUGACCUGCGAUGCUUUCGGGGUGCUGCCUCCGGUGUCAAAGCUGACGCCAGCCCAGGCGAUGUACCAUUUCAUUUCGGGGUACACUGCCAAAGUGGCCGGCACAGAGAUGGGUGUCACUGAGCCUACCGCCACCUUCUCCGCCUGUUUCGGGGCUCCAUUCAUGGUGUGGCAUCCCGCCAAGUAUGCCGAGCUCCUUGCCGAGAAGAUGGCUCAGCACAACGUGAACGCCUGGCUCAUCAACACCGGCUGGACCGGCGGAUCUUAUGGAGUGGGCCACCGCAUGAGUUUGAAGGACACCCGUGCCAUCAUCGAUGCCAUCCACGAUGGCAACCUCGCAGGGGGCGAGUUCGAGACUUUCGCGCGGUUCAACCUCCAAGUGCCGAAGUCCUGUGCCGGCGUGGACAGCAACAUCCUUAUGCCCAACAAGACUUGGUCGAACCAGGAGGAGUUCCAGAAGGCAUCAGUCAAGCUUGCCACGCUCUUCAAGGACAACUUCAAGAAGUUCUCUGCAGGAUGCUCAGAGGGUGUGGAGCAUCCCGACAGAGCUGCCCACCUGAUUCCCCGGAAGGCUUCCAGGAUUUCAGAGUUCAUGAAGAACUGCCUCAAGGAGUCACGGGCGAAGAUGCAGCAGUCGCCAAGCAACCACUCCAUGAGUGGGCAGCUUCGCCGAGAUCGGGAGCGGCAGCGAGACAAGUCACCACCAAGGCAGAAGUCGCCUCCGCGCCCUGCGCGCAGCGGAGGGCUCCAUGCUUCAGUCGGGGGCAGCACAACGCCGACUGCGCACCAGAGUGCCCCAGAGGAGCACUGUGUGCACAUCCUCGCCGGACACACUGGGUCGGUGCUAUGUCUGUGCGGCGUCGGGGACAUCCUUUUCACUGGCUCCCAGGAUGGUGACAUCAUGAUUUGGGACCUCAACAACCUGCAGUACAUAGGCACCCUGCCUGGGCACAAGGGCUUCGUCAAGUGCCUCUACGCUAGCUAUGCGAAGAAGGUGCUUUGCUCGGGGUCCCAGGAUCGCACCAUCCGCGUUUGGAGCCUCGAGACAUUUUCAACAGUGAAGACACUGCUGGGCCACACUGGCGGUGUGAAUGCGAUCCUGAUUCUGGAGGGGGCAGACGUUCUUGUUUCUGGGUCGGAAGAUCGAUCUAUCCGCGUGUGGGACCUGGCGACCUUUGAGGCCGUGGCCUGCCUAGAGGCUGCGCAUCUUGGAGGGGUGUUCGCCUUGGACCGCUUCGGAUCGCCGUUGCAGGUCGUGUCGGGUGCACGUGACCGGUCGCUUAAAGUCUGGAAUGCCUCCACCUGGGCGGUGAGCAAGACCCUUCACCCUCCCCACUACGAUGGCGUUACCAGCAUUGCCGUGGCAGGGAAGCAUGGCAAGUUCUAUUCCGGCUCCCGAGACAGAUCCAUCAAGGAGUGGGACGUGCAAUCACUGACCAACACCAUGCACACGUUGCACGUGCACGGUGACUGGAUCCAGGCGCUUUGCAUGUCUCCGAGCGAUGAUGUGCUCUUCUCCGGCUCCAAGGACGGCGUUGUGAAGGUCUGGGAUGGCGAGCUCCAAUGUCAAGACGUGUUGCAGGGCCACCGUGGUCCGGUCUCCGCGCUGACAGCUGUAGGCAACCGACUCUUCUCCGCGUCACACGACCGUGCUGUGCGGGUAUGGCGGAUCGAGCAGUACGGGUGA